UCCUUUCAGUAAUCCACAAAUAAAAAAAGGGGAUCUAGGGUUUUAGAUUUUCUCCUAGAACAGAAGUAGAGCUCAAGCCAGAAAACCAAAGAGGAUUCAAAUCAAGGCGAAGUAAAAAUCCAGAAAUCAUGUUUCCAGGAAUGUUUAUGCGAAAACCAGACAAGGCAGUGGCAUUGAAGCAGUUGAAGACCCAUGUGGCUAUGUUCGGUGUGUGGGUCGCCGUCGUCCGUGUCACCCCUUACAUUCUCCACUUCCUCUACGAUGAAAAAGAUGAGCUCAAGCUCGAAUUCUAACCCCUCUCUCUCCCUAUUGCAAGUGGUCCAGAAGAUGAGAGAUGGAGUUGGAAUGGAGAUGAGUGUAUGAGCUUCAGUCUGUUUUCUUCUCUUUUUUACUUCAACUGGAAGUAUGUACGGCCAGCGUGGGCAUUUGAUCAUUUAUCUUUUUAGCAUUUUAUCAUUUUGGAAGAUCUGAUACUAUGAUAUUAUGACAUGACUGGUUUAGGAUAAAUACUUCAUGGAAUGUAUUUUUGGUUUCAUGGUAGCAAUGGUAAAAGAGUGUGUUUCUGUUUAUCAAUAA